AAGUUGGGCAGACGAUUUGCUGGAUGGCCAAAUCAUUUGAGUCAACUUUGUUCAGCUGGAUGAGACCGACCCUUGUUUGGCUUGUUGUUCAUAGUUCCUACCAAUUGCGUGUCCUCGCUGAUAAGAGCUUCCUACAAUUGGAGGGAAGAAUUGCUUCCAUGCUUACUCAACCUUACACAGAAUAGAAGGCCUAAUGGGCACGGCUUUCGCUACCGUUUUCGUACUCGUGUUCUUGAUUUCUUUGUGCAAAUCAGAUGAUCAGCUAACACCUGCAAAGCCACUCUACCCUGGUGACAUGCUAAUCUCGGAUGGUGGUGUUUUUGCUCUUGGUUUCUUCUCCCCAACAAACUCAAAUGCUACCUUAUAUGUUGGCAUAUGGUACCACAAGAUUCCCAAUCGCACCGUGGUGUGGGUUGCCAACCGUGACAACCCAAUCACUGCCCCUUCUUCUGCCAUGCUCUUCAUCUCCAACAGUUCUGACCUUGUGUUGUCUGAAUCGGGAGGCCACACUCUUUGGGAAGCAAGGAACAACAUCACCACUGGAGGUUCUGGAGCCACGGUAGUUCUUCUUAAUUCUGGUAAUUUGGUCCUUCGAUCUCCUAACCACACAAUCUUGUGGCAGAGCUUUGAUCAUUUGACUGAUACCAUCCUCCCUGGCAUGAAGCUCUUGCUGAAAUACAAUGGCCAGGUUGCUCAGCGCAUUGUUUCUUGGAAGGGCCCUGAUGAUCCAUCAACCGGCAACUUUUCCCUCAGUGGUGACCCCAACUCGGAUUUCCAGGUUUUGGUUUGGAAUGGAACAAGUCCAUACUGGCGUAGUGGGGCAUGGAAUGGUGCGUUGGUCUCUGCUAUGUUCCAGAGUAAUACCAGCUCUGUGACAUACCAGACAAUCAUCAACAAAGGGAAUGAGAUAUACAUGAUGUACUCUGUUUCUGAUGACUCUCCUAGCAUGCGCUUGAUGCUCGACUACACAGGAACAAUAAAGAUGCUGAUCUGGAACAGCAACUUGUUUGCAUGGUCUGUGUUAUUCAGCAAUCCCUCUUAUACUUGCGAAAGAUAUGCCUCCUGUGGACCAUUUGGUUAUUGUGAUGCUGCGGAGGCAUUCCCAACAUGCAAGUGCCUUGAUGGAUUCAAGCCUGAUGGUCUUAACAUUUCAAGAGGAUGUGUGAGAAAGGAGCAGAUGAAAUGUAGCUAUGGAGAUAGUUUCUUGACCUUGCCUGGCAUGAAAACACCUGACAAGUUCUUGUACAUCAGGAACAGAAGCCUUGAUGAGUGCAUGGAAGAGUGCAGGCACAACUGCUCUUGCACAGCAUAUGCUUACGCGAACCUGAGCACUGCCAGCAUGAUGGGUGACACAUCGAGGUGCUUGGUUUGGAUGGGGGAGCUUCUAGACCUGGCAAAGGUCACUGGUGGUGGUGAGAAUCUGUACCUCCGGCUUCCGAGCCCAACUGUCAAGAAGGAGACUGAUGUAGUGAAGAUUGUCCUUCCAGUUGUGGCUAGCCUACUGAUCCUCACAUGCAUAUGCCUUGUGUGGAUAUGCAAAUCAAGGGGCAAACAGCGAAGCAAGGAAAUCCAGAACAAAAUUAUGGUACAAUACUUGAGUGCCUCAAAUGAACUUGGGGCUGAAGAUGUGGAUUUUCCAUUCAUUGGGUUUGAAGAGGUCGUAAUUGCAACAAACAAUUUCUCCAGUUAUAAUAUGCUUGGAAAAGGAGGUUUUGGCAAAGUUUACAAGGGAAUUCUGGAAGGUGGCAAGGAAGUAGCUGUUAAAAGGCUCAGUAAGGGUUCUGGGCAAGGAAUAGAGGAGUUUAGGAAUGAAGUCGUCCUUAUUGCAAGAUUGCAGCACAGAAAUCUAGUUAAACUUGUUGGUUGCUGCAUUCAUGAAGAUGAAAAGUUACUGAUCUAUGAAUACUUGCCGAACAAAAGCUUGGAUGCCUUCCUUUUUGAUGCUACAAGAAAAACAGUGCUUGAUUGGCCAAACCGGUUCAAAAUAAUUAAAGGGGUAGCAAGAGGGCUUCUUUAUCUCCACCAAGAUUCAAGAUUAACAAUUAUUCAUAGAGAUCUCAAAGCAGGCAAUAUCUUGCUGGACGCUGAAAUGAGUCCCAAAAUAUCAGAUUUCGGCAUGGCACGGAUCUUUGGUGGAAACCAGCAACAAGCAAACACCACCCGUGUUGUUGGGACAUAUGGGUACAUGUCUCCUGAAUAUGCAAUGGAAGGAAUCUUUUCUGUCAAGUCUGACAUAUAUAGCUUUGGUAUUCUACUUUUGGAGAUCAUAAGUGGCUUCAGGAUCAGCUCACCCCAUCUCAUAAUGGGCUUCCCAAACCUUAUAGCUUAUUCUUGGAGCUUAUGGAAAGAUGGAAAUGCAAGGGAUUUGGUGGACUCGAGCGUUGUGGAGAGUUGUCCACUCCAUGAAGUUUUGAGAUGUAUCCACAUAGCGCUCUUGUGCAUUCAGGACCAUCCAGAUGAUAGGCCGCUGAUGUCAUCUGUUGUGUUCAUGUUAGAGAACAAUACUGCACCGCUACCUCAACCAAAGCAACCUAUAUUUUUUGUGCACAAAAAACGCGCAACUGAAUAUGCAAGAGAGAAUAUGGAAAAUUCCGUGAAUGGCGUGAGCAUUACAGCCUUGGAGGGGAGAUGAAUGUUUAUAUUUGUUUUAUCCUUGUCUGUAAAUUUCGGCAUUUUCUGCAGCUAUGCGUUAUUGUAGGAAUGGUGAUUCAUUGCUUCUGCUUUUGAAA